UCACAACGCUGCGAAGUUCAUGUAAUAUCAACGCGAAAGAUAUAUGGCCCGAGUGAUCAAGCGUAAGCGUGAGACUGCCGCUGACGGGCUUGUCUGGAAGGAGGUCAAGCUUCCAGAUCGUUUGGAGAAUUACGAAGGCUUUUUCGGCCUCGAGGAAGUGGACGAUGUCGAGGUAGUUCGUGACCCGUCCAGCGGCAAGCUUUCAUAUGUGCCCAACGACGUGCGAAAGUCCAGCGUGCAAGAUGCCCGCUCCAACGGCGAUGAUGAAGACGCUUGGGAAGGCUGGGACGAUACGCCACAUCACCUUGGAAAUGGCCGCAAGACAGCGUCGAAGGCAACACCUUCUGCGAAACGCUUCAAGCCAAAUGAGACCUCAACCGCCGCCUUACAAGUGCUGCCGGACGUUCUUGAAAACAGCAUGAUAGACGUAUCUGCUUGGCGACCUCUGAAACUAUCACCGGAUACGCUCGCCUCCCUUGCACGGCUCGGAUUUAGCAACCCUACACCAAUACAGCGCGCUGCAAUUCCUGAAGCCCUGGGUGGUCACGAUGUUGUUGGGAAAGCAUCUACAGGCUCUGGGAAAACGCUUGCUUUCGGAAUUCCGAUACUAGAGCGCUUCCUGGAACUGCGCUCGAAGAGGAACAAUGUGCCAUCGAAGGGCAGACACCCUCUUGCACUGCUGCUCUCUCCCACACGAGAGCUUGCCCACCAAUUGGACAAACAUCUCCGGGCGCUUUGCUCGAGCGACUACUUUGACGGACCAUCGAUCGCCACUGUAACCGGAGGUCUGUCGAUUCUUAAACAACAACGGCUACUGAAGACUGCCGACAUUGUUAUUGGUACGCCUGGUCGUUUAUGGGAGGUUAUGAGCUCUGGCCAGGGCACCUUGGAUGCACUCAGUCGCAUACAGUUUCUCAUCGUGGAUGAGGCCGAUCGUUUGCUCAGUGAGGGCCACUAUAAGGAGGUCGAGGAGAUUCUGGAUGCUCUAUAUAGGCGGCACGACUCAGAAGACGACGAGGCGGCUGUGCAAGCGGAUGCUGGCGACUCUCGUCCGGCUCGGCAGACUCUUGUCUUUUCCGCGACGUUCGAUCGUGGGCUGCAGAAAAAGUUGGGAGGCAAAGGUCAAAGUACCGGCAACCUCCUUGGCAACAAGGAGUCCCUAGCCUACCUACUCGCGAAACUAAAGUUUCGGGAGGACAAGCCGAAGUUCAUUGACGUCGAUCCACUCAAGCAGCUGGCUACUGGCUUGAAAGAAGGGCUCGUCUCCUGCAGCGGCACGGAGAAAGAUCUCUAUCUGUACGCGCUACUUCUACUACACCCAAAUGCGCGCACACUUGUGUUCACCAAUUCGAUCGACGCAGUUCGGCGCAUCACACCGUUUCUGCAGAAUCUGAACAUUCAGGCCCUGGGUCUGCAUUCAGGCAUGCCGCAAAAGGCACGCUUGCGGUCCGUAGAACGGUUUACCCAAAGUUCGAACAGCCACAAGCCUUCCGCGUCCGUGCUGGUUGCCACCGACGUUGCUGCCCGAGGACUCGACAUUCCCAACGUACAACUUGUUGUUCAUUAUCAUCUUCCUCGAGCUGCAGAUGGAUACGUUCACCGGUCUGGGCGCACUGCUCGCGCCGGCCAACCUGGGUCGAGCAUCAUCAUCUGCGGCCCCGAGGAGGUUGCUGGUGUUCGCCGAUUGAUCGCUAAAGUGCACGCCCAAUCAGCCGCAGCAACCGGUCAAAGUGGUAUGGAGGUGGCAAAGCAAGGUUACUUCAUACGGACCCUUGACAUUGACCGGCGGGUGGUGUCACGUCUUAAACCUCGAGCCGCCCUUGCAAAGAAGUUGGCUGAUGCGGUCCUCGCGAAGGAGAAAGAACACCGUGCUGACGACUUCUUUAAAGCCGCUGCGGACGAGUUGGGGGUUGAGUACGAUAGCGAGGAAAUGGAGAAGCAGGGCAGUGGUCGGAGGGGGAGAGGCAGCGGCCGCAAAGCCAAGGAGCGCAAGCUUCGUGAGCUGUCAAAAUCUGAGGUUGGCGCAACGAGGAGUGAACUGAAGGGGCUCCUAAGCCAGAGAGUCAACAUUGGUGUCAGUGAGCGAUACUUAACCUCUGGCGGCAUCGAUGUGAACGCUUUGCUACAGGAGCAGGAUGCUGGUGGAAGAGGCGCGGAUUUUCUGGGAGCUGUGACGGGCCUAGGGCUGGACGAUGCCUGAUCUUGCGGAAGCCUCUGACCGUAUGUGCGGUGAGGACCGGCCCCCUUCUUCCAUUCGGCGCUCUAUUGCGAUAUCGUCGAAGAAGCCUGGACAAUAUGUCUCGGCAACCCCAAAUCGUGCAAUUUGCGGAGUGUAGAUAGCGCCGGUCUUCUUACCGCAACCAAAAAUACGAGCGCUUACUAAGAGCUACCUAACGCUAGGGCCGAAAUACCGGCAGGUGAGACUGUGCCUAAAGCAAAUGCAGAAGCGACCAUGCCGAGAACAGGUACCAGUACCCCGGG